AUGCAAACUAAUAAUGAGCCAUACAAUUCUUUUAACGAUUAUCAACAAUCUGAGGAUGUCGGUCAAUCAAGUAGUCAACAUCAACCAAAAUAUAUUCCAAAAGCUAAACGGGGAAGACCCAAAAAAAAGCCAGGGUUUCAUUUAAAUUUAGAGGGUAUGAAUAAAAGACCAAUUCAUAAUAGGCUAAUAUCAUCAUCACAAUCUGAUUCCGGAACUGAUUACUGGAAUAGAACUCCAGGAACAAAUAUCAAUAUUCAUUCUCUCUCAUUAAUUCCAAUGGGUCUGCAGAAGGAAAGGUAUCAAAAUGAAAAAGAAUUAAAACUUUCAAACAGUUAUGGUAAUAACAAUCAUUCUAUGAUACCUUCAUUUAACCUUACUCCUUCUGUAGAACCACCCAUUGUAGGUUAUUUCGAUCAAACACCGAAAGGUACAGAUUUAAAUGCCGGUGGGUUCUUUUCACCUGCAAUCAAUGAAAAGAAUGCAUUUAAUCAAACUUUUGAAGAGUAUUUGAAAGAACUUGAGAAUGGUUGUGAAAAUUUACAGAAUGAAACAAAAGGAGUGGACAACAAAAUUUCAAACCAGCAACUACUACCUACAACUGAACAAUGUCAUGAACAUAUAAAUAAUUAUAACGGAACUUCUUCAGAGCAACAACAACAACAACAACAACAACAACAACCACAACAACAUCAGCAACAUCAACAUUCAUAUCAACAUGAUCUGCAACAUACUCAAAAUUUAAAUGAUGUUUUUGCUCCUUUAUUAUUUGAUGAAUUAGAACCUUCACAAUUAAACACUACUUCAAAAGAGUUCAUAUCACCGGAUGACGGGUAUCAUUCAGAUAUUAUUAGUUCUAAUGACGAGAAACGUCCUCAACAUUUAUUAAAAGUCGGUAUAGUAGGUGAUGAAGAUCAUGAAACAAGGUUAGCUUUGCCUACGUUACAUAAAUCUGUAUCCAAUCAAAGUAUCAGUAGUGUUGCCUCAGUUGGUUCCGAGCUGGCUCAUAAUUCAAACACUGCACUGAUCACAACUGGUACCAAAAAAAGAGUAUUAAAAGGUGCAGUGUGUCAUGUCUGCAAUAAAUUUAUAAGUCGAGAUUUAACAAGACAUAUGAGAAUACAUAAUGAAAUUGGUCGAUUUCAAUGUGUUUAUCCCAAGCAUAUGUGUAAUCAUAAAACACAAAAUUUUAAUCGACCCUAUGAUUAUAAAAAACAUUUAUUGCAUAGACAUUUCAUUUUUGAUAAACCUGAAGGUAAAAGUGCUAAUAAACUAACUGACAAGUUACCAAUAACAGGUGCUUGUAGUGCUUGUGGAGCUAGAUUUGUUGCAUCUGAAUGGUUAGAUGACCAUAUUUUAACGAAGGACCUCAAGAAACGUUGUGCUUAUGUCGAAGAAACUUGA